CCCUCUUCUCGUUCCUCUCUCAGCCUAUUUUUGUCCGUGGCUGAGUCAGAUGGACUGCUCUCAACUUAGAAUGACACAAACAGGCAGACCAACUCCUCCGAAAUCAGGGUGGCUGAAAACUCCAAGGAGACUCUGAAAUUCACUGAAAAACCCGUGGGGGCUACAAAGGGAAGAGCUGGAGGAUAUUACCAAGAUGGAGGAGUGUGAGAGUCUGGACUCGGAGAUGACCGAGCUGCAGGAGGUUCAGAGCGAAGCUUCGGAGGCCCUCAGCCAGGACGAUGAAGACGAGGAGGAGGAACUGCGGAACAGUCUGCGAGAGGCUGUCCAGGACCAGUCUGUGAAGCCACAACUCCAGUGCCUGAUGGUGGAUCAAUCGUUCUCUAUGGUGACCGUUCAGAGCGAGGACAGCGGUAUUGUUUGGGAGACGGCCUCUAGCCGCUGCUCUACGCCAUGGGCCUCUGAGACCAGCUCCACCUCUGAAGCCUACAGCAUGGAGGGGCCUGGAGCCGCGGGAAAGAUCACCAUCGUCUUUGAUGAGGAGAAAGUAAUCCGCAGGAGGACGAGGUCCGGAGGAAGGAGCCGGCUGGGAGACAGGCUGAGCCGACCUGGUAGUUCAAGGUCGGCUUCAGUCCUGGGAGUGGAGCGACCUGAGAUGGCGGGGGUUUCUCUUCCUAACGUCAAAAAGGAGAAAAGCGAAACAGAGCCCGACUUGGACGAAAUCAAAAACAAAGAUCAGCAGCUGUUUAGUUUGAUUUCAGAGGGUUACGAGAUUCUCAACAUCAGAGUCCCCUCCAAACUUCCCACUGUGGAUGAGGAAGAGAGCACAGAGUUGAAGGACAAUUUGUCCUAUUUGGACCAGACACCAAUGAUCAGGUCCCGAAACAACCAUGACUGGACACAGAAUCCAGCCCUGCAGGAGGAGGGGGAAGUACUGGAUCCCCAUGAGCACUCAAAGCAAGACUCUUCUCAGCUGUCAGAGGACACAGAGCACAGACAUGCACUCACUCAGAAAGAGAGCACAGUGGACAUAGAUUACUUCGAGCCGUUCACCAUGGUUGAUGUGGCGGUUCCUGAGGAAGACGAUCCAGAGCAGCAGGAGGAAGAACAGCCUGCAGCAAAGCCCAACGUCGAGGAGCAAAAGGAGACAGCCACAGACAGCCUGUCUGCAUCGGAGGACUCCUUUGACUUUGUUACAGAUGUGGAUAUAGUUGGGGAACACCUGGAUGAGGUCUUUUACGGAGAAGGAGCUCUUGCUGAUGCGCUGCAGCGGAGCAAUGAAGAUGAGGCUGAGGGUAGGAUGGGAAUGAGACUAGAAAGACAGAGAUCUGUGAAGGAGAAAGGCUCUGUGUUGUUUGGGGGUGAAGACACCAUCCUCACACCCAUUUUUAUCUCCUCUGGACCCCCUAAGAUCAUCGACCAAAUCCUGUUGGAUGAGCCCACCGCCAUGUCCUUCAUGUACUCUGACCUUUACGAGGAUGCUGUAGGCGAGAGGACAAGGAGCGACGAGGAACACUCUGAGGAAGAGAGCGUUUCAUCAGAGAAGACCUACAGGAGGCGUUUUUCAGAUUCAGAGGAGGACGGGUACCUGGAGAAGUUUACUUUGAAGGAUGACAUUCCCUCGGUGGAGGUUCAACCAGAGUCAGAGGAGGGUCAGAAGGAGGGUCAGAAGGAGGGUCAGAAGGAGGGAAGGGUGAUAUGGUCGCAGAGUAGGUUUGACAUGACAGGAUGUCUUACAAGAGUGGACAAAGAGGAAGAGAAGGACAAGACAGAGGAACAACAGACACAGGAGGUUGUUGAAGAUAAAAGUGAAGAUUUACAAUUAGCAACAUUUGAAGAGAAAGGAGAAAUAGUUGCAGUGGCAGGAAAGGAAGAGGAAAUACAACUCUCCGCUGUGACUGAAGAGCAGGCAGUCAGAGAAGCUUCAGAGGAAUUGAUUCAGGAUAUUCAACUUGGAGAUGAUCAGAUGGAGGACCAGGAGGUGAAACAUGAGGUAAAAGAAGACCAGAUCCAACCUACCGAGAGCCACACUGAAAAACCACUUCCUGAAACUCAACAGGUGGACAGUAAAGUAGAGAAAGCAAAGGAAAGCGAGGAACAUGAGAGGGAAUUGCCAUCAGAAACAACUAGCAUUGUUGAAGCCGGGCAUCCGUGUCAGACACGAAAAGAAGUAGAAGAAACAGCUCAGGUGGAGGUAAACGCUGCAGAGGAGACAGCUGCUGCAGCACCUGUAGACAGUGAGGAGCCUCACAUCAUCACUGAGAAGACUACCCUCACUAAGAUGGCUGCUGCUAGUGAGAAAGUAGAAACCGAGGCCAUAACAGAAGCUCCUGCCGAAGAAAAAGAACCUGAGACUGAAAGACAGGAAAUGCACACCUCGACUGAAAUAGAGACAUUCGCUGAAACAUCUAUCUGUGGGAAACAAGAAGCAGCAGAAGGUGUUCCUGAGGACGUUGCGCCUGUAGAGGUCUUCGCUGACUGUGAUCCUGCAGUACAUGCGUUGGUGGAGGUAACUGAAAAAGCAGUGGAUGAAAAAGAGAUCCAAACUCAAGUUCAGAUUGAUCUUCAGGAAUUAACAAGUACUGAGACAAAAGACAUUCAAACAGCAGCUCCUGAAGGGGAAGACAGCGCUCUAACAGAUGAAACCGCAGUCAAGAGCCAGUCCCCUGAAUUCAUUAUCGAUAUCGCUGAUCAGGAGCCAGAGGUUAAAGCAGAGAUUUCAAGUGAAGUAAUAGAACCUGAGAUGCCAGAAGAAGUCCAGAUAGAUUCACAGCAUGAGUCAAUGCCUGAAAGUGAGCUCACACCUGAAGCCAACGAUGAAACAAACGCUGAGGUAACUGGGAGUGUUGCUCAGGAGAAGGUUAAUGUAGAUGAUGAGUUUAUCCUCCUUGUUCCCAAAGGACAAGCUGUAGAGGUGGACAUAGAGUUCAGUCAGACAUCAGAGAAGUCUACACGUGAUACAGUAGCUCUUUCUGAACCUGACAGCACAUGUGAAGCAAUAAUUGCUCCUGAACCCACUGCAGUAUGCCAAGAGACUUUUCAGGCUCCUAAUGAAGAAACAACGGCAGAGCAUCAUCUGGAAGUAAAACCAGAAGUUGUAGAUAUAGAAACACUACCCAGAAACGAGUUAGAUGCUAAUUACUCUCCUCCAGCAACUGCAGAGGAGCAUACCAACGAAUCUGAACCCACCACUACAUGCCCAGAGACUCUCAAUGAAGAAACAAUGACGGAACUGGAAACAAACGUUGCGCAGCAGGAAGAUGUUCUACCCAGAAACGAGUUAGACACUACGUACUCUCCUCCAGCAACUACGGAGGAGGGCAACGCAGAGGAGCAGAAGAUGGAGUUGGACUUUAUAGAAGACAGGGGUGUUGUUUCCACUCUGAGGAGCUUUACUCCCCAGGAGGAUUUGUCUGAGCUACAGCCAGAGGAAAUACAGUCAGAAGCAGCAGAUGUAGAACAAAAGGUAGAAAUGCCAACAGUGGAAGAGGCCCCAGAAACAAGCCCCGUUAAAGAGGAUUUCAUUACAGAAAUGGAUCUGCACAAAGAGGAUGUAGACCAAAAGAUCGAGCAAGAUGUGGAAGUUGCAGAGACUCAAGAGGACAUUGUUGAGGAGCUUGGAUAUGAGGUCAUAUCUAAACAGGAUGUCAAAAAGAUGCCCGAACCUGAGAUACACAGAGAUGCAGAGGAACCAAAACUGGAGUCUGGUCAGGAGAAAGAACAGAAGAUGGAGAUGGAGGCGGAGGAGAAAGUCCUUGAUGUGUCCCCAGAAGAAGAGGUCAUUGAAGCUGAUUACGACAUCAUUGACGCAGAGGAGCAGAGUCAGGCCCAGCUGGCUGCAGAGCUGCAGGGGAUGGACUGGUUCUGUCUGACCUGUGGCGGUCUGCUGGCAGAGGACGACUGCAGCUCGGGGGAGCAUCACGAGCACGAAGUGACUGCUGUGGACCAGGCCUAUGAGGAAAUCAAGGAGAAGCUGAGCGACUGGAUCUCAGAGCUUCAGGGCAGGUCGGAGAACAUCGAGGACCUGGUGUCUGAGCUCGAGCUGGCCUACAACUCUGUAGAGGACCAGUUUGUGGAAAGCGAGGCCGCGAUGCAGGCGCAGAAUGAGGGGAUGAUGGCUCUGGUGAUGGAGCAGUACAACAACAUGUCUGUCAGCAUGGAGGAGGAGAAGAAAGCCAAAUUGGAGCAGCUAUACGACCAGAUUGUGUCGUUCCAGGAGAGCAUGGACUCGGCCAAGGCCACUCUGGAGACCACGGCCCGAGAGGCUGAGACUGGCGCUCGGUCAUCUGAUGAAAUUCAUGCAAGUCUCAAGGCAGCUCUGGACUCAGCCAUGUCACUGGAGCUGGGUCCCAAGGGCCUGCUGGUGUUCGAGGAUUACGCCAAGGGCAACACUUCCAGCUCUAACCUCGCACAGCGCAAAGGAAUCCCAGUACCUCAGAGGCCCACGUUGCAGGCUCAGGAGCCGGCCUCAGCCUCCAGCACCAGCGUCACUGUCUACUGGAAGGUCAACCCUGGAGACAUCAUAGACUGCUUCCAGGUCUACUGCAUGGAGGAUCCACAAGGAGCGGUGUCAGAGGAGUACCGUGUGACGGUGAAGGAGAGUUACUGUGUGCUGGAGGAGCUGGAGCCUGACAAGACCUACAAAGUGUGGGUGAUGGCCGUCAACUACACAGGCUGCUCCCUGCCCAGCGAGAGACUCACCUUCAGAACCGCUCCAUCAGUGCCAGUGAUCGACACGGAGCGCUGCACUGUCAUGUGGGACUCAGCCACGCUGCGAUGGAGCUCAACAAAUCUGACUCCAGAGCAGACUUACACCCUGGAGUACUGUCGCCAGUAUGAGCUGGAGGGAGAGGGGCUCAGGUCCAUCUCAGCGAUCAGAAGCUGUGAACAGAAGGUUCUCCUGCAGCCCAAUGAGAAUUAUCUGUUCUACAUCAAAGCUGUGAAUGAGUCUGGAGCCAGCGAACAGAGCGAGGCGGCCCUCAUUUCCAGCAAAGGGACGAGGUUCCACCUGCUGAAGGCCUCGGCCCACCCUGCUCUGGAGCUGUCAGUGGAUCAGACCACUGUGCACUACUCUCAGGACGCACACGAAAACACACAAUCUACAGACACACAGUGUCCAUCCAUCCUGGGAGAGCUGUUGCCGGCACACGGACAUUACUACUGGGAGACCGUGGUGUCAGGGAGCACAGCUUACAGGAUCGGAGUGGCAGACAGCACAGCCAAUAGAAACAGCCCACUGGGAGAAAACAGCUUGUCAUGGUGUUUGCAGUGUAUCCCAACACCAUCAGGCUGCAGUUAUCAGCUGCUGCACAAUGACGUCCAGUCCAGUGUGUUUGUGAUGGAGAUGCCUGAGCGGGUGGGCACUCUCCUGGAUUACAAGCUUGGUCGUCUGUCUUUCUACAACGCUCAGAGUGGGCAGGUGUUGGGCUCUUUCUGCCAGCGCUUCCCCCAGCCGUGCCACCCUGCUCUGGGCCUGGAGGUGCCGGGCAGCCUGGAGGUCAGCAUGGUGCAGGAGGUGCCGGAGUUUACCAAGGACAGCUAGCUCUCACUCUCUGAGGAGUUUACAGUUCAUGUUGGACAUCAUUUGAUUUGAAGGAUCUCAUCGUAUAACAAUUGAAAUGAAACUGCAGAUAUGCAGGAUGUAAAGAUGUGAAGACAGAGGACUAACUUGUUCCCAUUCUUCUCCAAUUAUUGGUUUGUGUGUUUUUUUUGUUUACCUCAACAACAAGCGGUCUCUGAUAAACAGGAAACAAACCCAACAUGUAUCUCUUUUUUAAGCAGAAGCUGUCUUGUAAAAUCAGUGAAAAUAUGACAGUCUGGAAAACUACUCGAUUGAAAUUGAGUGCCUUGCAUUUUUUUCCACAGUUGAGUGUCUUCCUUUGUUUGGUCAAUGGCAUGUUUUGGAUCAUUUUGUAAAUUUGACCAUAAUAUUUGCUGAUUUGAUUGUUUUUUUUACUGUAAAUGUUCUAGAAUUGACUAAUUUAAAGUGUUCAUUCAUCAUUGAAGUGAAACACAACAUUUUACUCAGACAAUAGUAAAGCCUUUUAUUUUGGAGUUUAUAGCUCCAAGAAACAUACUGUGGCACUUUUGAACUGUAUUUCAUAUUGUGAAUUUGUGUAAAUAACCUUUGUAAACAGAUGUGACCUCUUCUAUAUUUUGUUAUGUGAGACUGGUUGCAAGAGGAGAUUCAUUUUUUUUCUCUCUUUGACUUGUAAACUGAUGUUAACAUCUGAGCUGAAUUAACAUGUUUAUUUUUCUAUUUGCACAACUGGACUACUUGUUUGUUUUCAGCUCAUAACACACACCUACCACCAGAGGGCCUCAUCCCUCCAUUGGCUGUGAUAUCGGCUCAAAAUGUGUUCCUAACACCUCACAGACAGGCUACAUGGUUCUCCAGAGGACAUGUCUUUUAACAAUUAUUACAAAACUAUUUUUCCAGGCAUUUUCCCCUAAUUCCUGUGGAAACAGAGAGGAAAGGGAUUGUGGUGUAAAUGCAUAAAGACCGCCAGGGAACAGC